UAUCAUAAAUCAAAGAACCCAUGUUUGAUUCACCUUCUAAAUUUCCAAUUUUGAGAUUUUUUUAACUUUUUUAAAAUUAUUUGUUCAUUGCAUGGUUAGAAAAAUUAAUUUUUUUUUUUUGGAAGUUGGGAUCGGACCCACCUUCAAUGUGAAGCUUAUUUCACAUGUUGAUCUUAUGUCUGGUCAUGGGUUUUGCCUGGGAUUGAAUUACUAAAAUUAAUAGUAAUUAUAAAUUAAUAAUAAUGUAGGGUUUCUGAGAUGAAUUGUGUUGAUGGGUAUAGCAAAUUAGGGUUAUAGCUGCAAAAAGUUGUAGUCUUUUUCAGGGAUAUGAGUUCAGAAAUAAUUGAUUACUGUGUACACAUUAAUUGGGGACGACAAAUUUAGUGUAAUAAUGGAAGUGCUACCUUGUUCCGGCGUUCAAAAUGUUGGAGAAGCUGAUUGUGCUCGGCAGAAUUCAGGCGCGGAAAAUGGCAUUUUCGAUGGAGAAUCAAAUGGCUUUGAGCAUGGAAAAGAAGUUCUAAUGGCAAAUGACUUACAAGUAAAUGGGGAAGGUCGACAAAAUGAAGGCCAAGGGACAGCUGGAAAAUUGCCUGUCUCUGAAGAGCAUCAAAAUGAAACUUCCUGUUCUGGAUUUCAGGUGGACGGCCUAAGAUUAUCUGGUGAUUAUCAGGAUUUUGAAGAUGAUGACUUCAAUGCAAACAAUUAUUGUAGUGAAGCCCCUGAUAAUUAUCAAGUAGCUGUGGACACAAUUGAAAGUGAAACGAGCAACUGUAGAGACGGAGAGUCUUCUGUUUCGGAGCUCAAGUGGCUAGAGCAUGAUGAAUCUGUGGCAUUAUGGGUGAAGUGGAGAGGAAAAUGGCAGGCAGGAAUUAGAUGUGCAAGAGCAGACUGGCCCCUAACGACUUUGAGAGCGAAACCAACUCAUGAUCGAAAGAAGUAUUUUGUUGUAUUUUUCCCCAACACAAGGAAUUACUCCUGGGCAGAUAUGCUACUUGUCCGAUCAAUCAUCGAAUAUCCUCAUCCUAUAGCAUACAGGACACAUAAAAUUGGCCUAAAAAUGGUUAAAGAUUUAAAUAUCGCUCGGCGUUUUAUAAUGAAAAAGUUAGCUGUUGGCAUGUUGAAUAUCAUUGAUCAAUUUCAUACCGAGGCUUUGACAGAGACUGCUCGCGACGUGAUGGUCUGGAAGGAAUUUGCUAUGGAGGCUUCGCGUUGUAGUGGUUAUUCUGAUCUCGGAAGAAUGCUUUUGAAGCUUCAAAAUAUGAUAUAUCAGCGCUACAUAAGAUCUGACUGGUUGGAGCAUUCUUUUCAAUCUUGGGUGCAACGGUGUCAGGUUACACAAAGUGCUGAAUCUGUAGAAUUGCUGAGGGAGGAAUUGUCUGAAUCUAUCCUUUGGAAUGAAGUGAACUCGCUUUGGAAUGCCCCGGUGCAGCCAACGCUAGGAUCUGAGCGGAAAACUUGGAAGCAGGAAGUAAUGAAAUUUUUCUCAACUUCUCAUUUUGUAUCUCAUAGUGGAGAUUUAGAGCAUAGGAGCAGUGGCAGUUCUUCAACUGUGAGUCUUCAGGUUAGCAGGAAGAGGCCUAAGCUUGAAGUUCGCCGUGCAGAGCCACAAGCCUCCCAGGUUGAGACGAACAGCCCGCUUCAAACUAUGACUGUUGAAAUUGACUCAGAAUUUUUCAAUAAUCGAGAUAAUAUGAAUACCACAACUAUAGAAUCAAGCACAAUUAAAGAGAAAGAUGUAAGAGAGGCAACUGUACCUGUAGAGUCUCCGUGCAGCGUUGCUAAUAGAUGGGAAGAAAUAGUUGUUGAACCCAGAAACUUUAAUGUCAUAGAGGCUAAAGAUGUCGAAAGGACUCCUAUCAAUGAAAUCCCGGAUAAAAAAACCAUAGAUCCUGGAAACAAAAAUCGGCGGUGCGUUGCUUUUAUUGAAUCUAAGGGAAGGCAGUGUGUGAGGUGGGCAAAUGAUGGUGAUGUUUACUGCUGCGUACAUUUAGCCUCUCGUUUCAUAGGUAGCUCCGCCAAAGCAGAGUCAAGUCCUCCAGUUAAUACUCCAAUGUGUGAAGGUACAACUGUUCUUGGCACUCGGUGUAAACAUCGUUCUCUACCAGGUUCAUCAUUCUGUAAAAAACACGGACCUCGGAGUGAUACAACAGAUAAUGUAAAUUCACCCGAUAAUCCUCUUAAGAGAAAGCAUGAGGAGAUUGUUCCACGUUCAGAAACCACAUACUGCAAAGACAUUGUAUUGGUUGGGGAUGUUGAUAUUCCUCUUCAUGUGGAGCCAGUCUCAGUCUUGGAUGGAGAUGCCUUUCAUGAAAAGACCAGAUUAAUUGAAAGGAUUGAGUAUUCCAAUCAAGAUCAUAGUGGCACAAGGGUAUUUCACUGCAUAGGCUCAAGUCCAUUUGAUAAUAACAGCUCUUGUCAGGAUUCACCGAAGCGAUAUUCAUUGUACUGUGAUAAACACAUUCCAAGUUGGCUAAAGCGUGCAAGGAAUGGAAAAAGUAGAAUAAUACCAAAAGAAGUCUUUAUGGAUCUUCUAAAGGACUGCGAUUCCCUGGUUCAAAAAUUGCGUUUACAUCAAGCUUGUGAGCUUUUUUACAAACUCUUCAAAAGUAUUAUGUCUCUAAGAAAUCCAGUUCCCAUGGAGAUUCAACUGCAAUGGGCCCUAUCUGAAGCUUCUAAAGAUUUUGGUGUUGGAGAACUCUUAUUGAAGUUGGUUUCAACCGAAAAAGAUAGACUUACAAAAAUAUGGGGAUUUAGUACUGAUGAAGAUGUACAUGAUUCUCCUUCUGUCAUGGAAGGCCCGCCAGUUUUGCCAUUGGCUAUUGAUAAUAGUAGCCAUGUUGGUGAAACACCAUAUAAGUGCAAAUUUUGCUCAGAGGAUUUUCUUGACGACCAAGAGCUUGGCAACCACUGGAUGGACAAACAUAAAAAGGAAGCUCAAUGGCUGUUCAAGGGUUAUGCUUGUGCCAUCUGCUUCGACUCUUUUACUAAUCGGAAAGUCUUAGAAAGUCACGUGCAGGAGAGACACCAUGUGGAAUUUGUUGAACAGUGCAUGCUUCUCCAGUGUAUUCCUUGUGGCAGUCACUUUGGGAAUUCUGAGGAGUUAUGGUUGCAUGUCCUCUCUGUCCAUCCGGCUGAAUUCAGGCUGUCAAAAGUGGCACAACAACAGAGUUUGCCCCUGGAAGAAGAGAAAGAGGCUCCUCAGCAGAAAUUUGAGAUGGGCACUGCAGCUUCAGUGGAAAAUAACUCUGAGAAUUUAUGCUGUAUCCGGAAAUUCAUAUGCAGGUUUUGUGGCUUGAAAUUUGAUUUGCUUCCAGAUCUUGGCCGGCAUCAUCAAGCUGCUCAUAUGGAACCAAAUCUAUUAAGUUCUCGGCCCCCGAAGAGAGGGGUUCGCUAUUACGCUUACAAAUUAAAAUCUGGCAGACUUAGCCGUCCUGGAUUUAAGAAAGUUCUGGAAGCAGCAACGUUUAGGAUUAGGAACAGGGGUAAUGCUGCUCUGAAGAAACGCAUUCAAGCAUCAAAGUCACUUACCACCGGAGGAUUUAGCAUACAGCCCCGUCUUACUGAUUCAGAAGCUCUCGGUAGAUUGGCAGAAUACCAAUGCUCAUCUGUCGCGAAGAUACUAUUUUCUGAGAUUCAGAAGACUAAACCUCGCCCUAAUAACUUUGACAUCUUAGCUGCUGCUCGCUCUACUUGCUGUAAGGUGAGUCUCAAGGCCUCACUCGAGGGAAAAUAUGGAGUAUUGCCCGAGAGGUUGUAUCUCAAGGCAGCCAAACUUUGUAGUGAACAUAACAUUAGAGUGCAGUGGCACCAGGAUGGGUUUAUUUGUCCCAGAGGAUGUAAGAGUUUCAAAGACCCAGGACUAUUGUUGCCUUUGAUGCCCCGUACAAAAAACUGUACAGAUAAACAGUCAGCACAUACAUCUGUCCACGCAAACAAUGAUUGGGAAGUGGACGAGUGUCAUUAUGUCAUCGAUUUGCACGAUUUUACAGACAGGCCUAGAACAAAAGUCACCAUCUUGUGCAAUGAUAUAAGCUUUGGGAAGGAAUCAUUACCAAUAAAAUGUGUAGUAGAUGAGGAUAUGUUAGCAUCACUUAAUGUCACGUCUAGUGGUCGGACUACUAAUUUUCCCAUGCCUUGGGACAACUUUACCUAUAUCACGAGGCUGUUGCUGGAUCAAUCUCAAAAUGCUGGUAUUGAGAGUUUGCAAUUAGGGUGUGGUUGCCCUCAUUCAUCAUGCUUCCCUGGAAGAUGUGAUCAUGUUUAUCUCUUUGAUAAUGACUAUGAAGAUGCAACCGAUAUUUAUGGGAAACCCAUGCAUGGCAGGUUCCCAUAUGACGAUAAAGGGCGUAUUAUUUUGGAGGAGGGUUACCUUGUUUACGAGUGUAAUCACAUGUGCGGGUGCAGCAAAACCUGCUCAAAUAGGGUUUUGCAAAAUGGUGUACGAGUAAAGUUGGAAGUCUUCAAAACAAAUAAUAAGGGUUGGGCAGUCAGGACAGGUGAACCAAUUCUAAGUGGGACAUUUGUAUGCGAGUAUAUCGGGGAGAUUUUGGAUGAGAAUGAGGCAAACCAGAGGCGUAGCAGAUACGAUGAACAAGGUUGUAGCUAUAUGUAUGACAUUGAUGGUCAAACCAAUGACAUGAGCAGAUUGAUUGGAGGACAGAUCAAGUAUGGAAUUGAUGCCACCAAGCAUGGGAAUGUAUCAAGGUUCAUCAAUCACAGCUGCUUGCCUAAUCUUGUGAACCAUCAAGUUCUUGUGGAUAGCAUGGAUGCUCAGCGUGUUCAUAUUGGUCUAUAUGCAAGUCGAGAUAUAGCGUGCGGCGAAGAACUGACAUACAAUUUCCGGUAUAAUCUGGUGCCCGGAGAGGGACACCCUUGCCAUUGUGGAACUUCCAAGUGCAGAGGCCGCCUGUUCUAAAUCUUAAUAAUCUCGAGAUAUCAUCUGCAUAUAAUACGGGAAAUAAGCGAUCCUGACAGGAGACACAUCUAAGUCUCUUUCGUUCAGGUCAGAUCAGGUAUCGGCACUCAUCGGUCCGGUCCUUCUGUAUCAUACAUUGCUCUCUGAGUGGGCACACUUUGUAACAUCAUAAAUGACCGAGUCCACGAAGACGGGGCGAGGGUUUCUGUAGCAGCUGUUAGUGUCGAUUCUCACUUAUGUGUACACGAUUGGAAAGAGGGGGAGACCUCAUUGUUGGCAUCUCCCAUUUUCUGUAGCAGUGUAUUGAUUAUGGUCUGAGUAGCUUAGGCUUAGAAGUGUAGAUGGUCUGUUUCAUCUGUUUGAAGCUUGUAAGUUUCAUGGGAAUGCAUAAAUGGUCUGUUUUUAAUAAUUUUUGGAUGCCAUGCCCAUGUUUUUGUCAUUUACUCACCAUUAACAUGUAAAUAAAUAUUAUUCAAGUGAACAAAGCCUAUUUUUCCA